AUGGCGCUUCUUUCAGCCGAUCACCUGGCUGGACCAGGGUACAUCAUUCUCAAUGUGCUCCGCGGCCUCAAUAUCAUUGCACUUGCUUCCGUGGUUGCGAGCAGCAUUGUUAUGCUUGUCAAGACAUUCAUUGUUUCCAAGUUUUUCUUCUUCGAUGCUACGAGCCAUGUUAUUACCGCCAUUGUGGGCUUGUUCCUCAUCGUCUCUGAAUGCUCACUUUUCCGCGGCUUCUUCGCCCGCAAUUGGCCUCUCCUCAGUCCCGCCCAUGGCUUCGUCACCUUGGGUUGCGCUAUGAUGGUCAUCGGGCUCAACAUGCUCGGCAACAUGAACAAGCAAGCUACAAGCCAGCAGUCGCUAAGCAUGCCUUUCUGGCGACUGCUCGUUGCUUCAGGUAUUUUGUCCAUCGUCAUUGGCUUCUUCAACGUCGUUGCUAGCUUCGUCUUCCGUGACAAGUCCCGUAAUAUAACCGCCCGCCGUGUCCGCUCGCGCGGUGCCAUGACAUUGCAUGAGGAUAUCGAAAACGGCUCUUAUUACGACCCCAAGCAUAAAGCCUUCACCAUCAGCACCCACCACACAGGCAGCAGCUCCAGCCGCAACAACUUCAACGGCGGCACACCACCUAUGCGCCAGGGUACACCGCCAGUAGACUGUGGCUCACCUCAGGUCGCUUCGCCUAAUAAAGAAGGCAAUAAUCUCAGCCAAUUCAACUUCGCUAGCCCAAUCCGCGAACGCUUCCGGAACGCGCGACAGUCUUUCCUGCCCUCCUACCAUAGCACCUCGCCCGCUAAGCCCUCGUUCUUCUCACACCGUCCAUCGAGCUCAAUCUACUCGAGGACCACGUCCGGCGAGCCGCAGAAGAAGAAGUUCUGGCAACGACAGCGUGAAGAGCAAGAAGAAGAGGCUGCGCACAUGCCUGAGAUCUCGUACCCACUCAACGUCAACCCGCAGUUUGCGCACCUCGUCAAGCCAAACCUUGCGCAUCAUCCGAGCGUGAGGAGGCCAGAGGCAGAUUACGACAAGAUUUAA